AUGGACGCUGUCAUGAGGAAAACUUUCAACGGAAGGCAAGGCGUGCAGUACGGUGAAGGCGGCUUUCUCACUGACCUGAUGUUUGCCGACGACAGCGCAAUUUUCGCCGAAACUGACGAGGAAGCGACUAACAUCAUGUGCUCACUGUCAGAGAUUGCCCAGUCGUAUGGCCUCAAAAUAAACGCGGAAAAGACCAAGGUGAUGACCUCGGAUGGAUCGCCCGCGUCCGUGCGACUGGGUAGCGUCGCCUUGGAGCAAGUGAGUAAUUUCAAGUACCUUGGAUCGGUCGUUCAAGAAAGGAAAGUGGUUGCCGAGGCUGAGGUCCGCAGCAGGAUUGGUCAUGCGUCUAAGACAUUUGCAGCGUUAAAGUGGUGUCUCUGGAAGAAGAGUAACAUAUCACUGAAAACCAAAAUUCGCAUGUUCCGGACGCUGGUGCUCCCUGUGCUACUAUAUGGGUCUGAGACAUGGACGUUGCUCAAGUCGGAUCUCUCUCAUCUCGAGGUGUUUCAAAUGCGUUGUCUCCGCCAUAUGCUCGGGAUCAGGCUUCGUGACCAUGUCACGAACAACGCCAUCAGGGAGAAGUUUGAAGAUCAACCCACAAUCGAGGAACAAUUGAAACUGCGACGGCUACGAUGGUUCGGUCACCUGUGCAGGAUGGGUCACGACAGAAUACCUAAUAUGCUCCUGUGGAGAAGACGCCCUGCGCAGUGGAAAGUUCAGAGGACGGCUCCAAAAAAGACUUGGUUGAAGCAAGUUGAGGAAGACCUUAGGGCUCUGAGGUGCAGUGUUGAGCAUGCUAGAUGUAUUGCUGCUAAUCGACCAGAAUGGAGACACUUCAUUCAGGGCGUUCGUACUCCAAUGGCACCCACAGCAGUGUACUGGUUGAGAGGCCGGCCCCCACCACCAGACGCAAGCUAA